AUGCUAGGUUCAAUGAAUGAGUUUGUCCCUAAGUAUGAUAUGCCAGGUUCUGUGAAUGAGUUUGUCCCUAAGUAUGAUAUGCCAGGUUCUGUGAAUGAGUUUGUCCCUAAGUAUGAUAUGCUAGGUUCAAUGAAUGAGUUUGUCCCAAAGUAUGAUAUGCCAGGUUCUGUGAAUGAGUUUGUCCCUAAGUAUGAUAUGCCAGGUUCUGUGAAUGAGUUUGUCCCUAAGUAUGAUAUGCUAGGUUCAAUGAAUGAGUUUGUCCCUAAGUAUGAUAUGCCAGGUUCUGUGAAUGAGUUUGUCCCUAAGUAUGAUAUGCCAGGUUCUGUGAAUGAGUUUGCCCCUCAGUAUGAUAUGCCAGGUUCUGUGAAUGAGUUUGUCCCUAAGUAUGAUAUGCUAGGUUCAAUGAAUGAGUUUGUCCCAAAGUAUGAUAUGCCAGGUUCUGUGAAUGAGUUUGUCCCUAAGUAUGAUAUGCCAGGUUCUGUGAAUGAGUUUGUCCCUAAGUAUGAUAUGCUAGGUUCAAUGAAUGAGUUUGUCCCUAAGUAUGAUAUGCCAGGUUCUGUGAAUGAGUUUGUCCCUAAGUAUGAUAUGCCAGGUUCUGUGAAUGAGUUUGCCCCUCAGUAUGAUAUGCCAGGUUCUGUGAAUGAGUUUGUCCCAAAGUAUGAUAUGCUAGGUUCUGUGAAUGAGUUUGUCCCUAAGUAUGAUAUGCCAGGUUCUGUGAAUGAGUUUGUCCCUAAGUAUGAUAUGCUAGGUUCAAUGAAUGAGUUUGUCCCUAAGUAUGAUAUGCCAGGUUAUGUGAAUGAGUUUGUCCCUAAGUAUGAUAUGCCAGGUUCUGUGAAUGAGUUUGUCCCUAAGUAUGAUAUGCUAGGUUCAAUGAAUGAGUUUGUCCGGAAGUAUGAUAUGCCAGGUUCUGUGAAUGAGUUUGUCCCUAAGUAUGAUAUGCCAGGUUCUGUGAAUGAGUUUGUCCCUAAGUAUGAUAUGCUAGGUUCAAUGAAUGAGUUUGUCCCUAAGUAUGAUAUGCCAGGUUCUGUGAAUGAGUUUGUCCCUAAGUAUGAUAUGCCAGGUUCUGUGAAUGAGUUUGUCCCUAAGUAUGAUAUGACAGGUUCUGUGAAUGAGUUUGUCCCUAAGUAUGAUAUGCCUGGUUCUGUGAAUGAGUUUAUCCCAAAGUAUGAUAUGCUAGGUUCUGUGAAUGAGUUUAUCCCAAAGUAUAUGUUAGGUUCUGUCAAUGAGUUUGUCCCUAAGUAUGAUAUGUUAUGUUCUGUGGAUGAGUUUAUCCCAAAGUAUGAUAUGUUAUGUUCUGUGAAUAAGUUUUCCCAAAGUAUGAUAUGUUAA